AUGAUGAUAUCAUGUUUUUAUUAUAGUGACAUAGAAUUCGGGAAAUCUUAUAUUGAUCGCGAAGAAGGUUCGUUGAUGCCAAAUCAAGCUAGGUUUACUGUGAAUUCUGAUCAAACCAAGGGUUUUUUGCGCUUUUCUCAAUUAAGAAGAUCGAGUGAUGCUGAGUGGAAACAAUAUUUUGUCAAUUCUGGGAAAUUAAGCAUAAUAGCUUCAGGCUAUAUAAAAAACUUUUUUCUUGAGAAGGAUAAUAGUGAUGUGAAUUAUACAAAAUUCUCGACUACUAAUAAUGACUAUGCUAUAGUAUAUCUCAGAAACACAACAACUAAUAAUGGUACCCUAUUUGAGACGCAUGGAAGAAAUACUUGUAGAAUAAAUGUGAAGCAACGUUCAGGAGAUAUUCCAGAUUAUUUUUGCACUAUUCAAUUUCUUUCUUCACACCUGUUAAAUGAUAGUUCAAACAUUACAAGGUUUGAUCUUACUCUAUAUGAUAAAACGGGGAGAAUGGACCUUAGUAAUAUACAAAUAGAAA